UUCGACCCUCUCUCUCUCUCUCUCUCUCUCUCUAUUCUUAUUGUCUGCCAUGGAAGAUGAUGAGGCAUGCAUGACUGGUCUAAAUCUCGGACUGGGAAUGGGAGGGUAUGUGCCAAAGAAGGAGAAGCAGAAAGUAAACAAUCCUGGGGGUUGUUUGAACCUAACGUUUGAGCUUUGUCCAAAAGGGGAAGCCAUUGAGACAGAAGGGUUAAGUUUGAAGAGUGUAGAUGAAGGACACCAUCACCCGAAUGAAAAUAGUACUGAUAACAACAAUAGCAAGAACGGAAGCAGAAAGAAACUGAGGCUUACAAAGGAGCAAUCAACCAUGCUUGAGGAGAGCUUCAAGCUACAUACAACUCUUAACCCCGCUCAGAAACAGGGACUUGCUGAGCAAUUGAAUUUAAAGCUUAGACAGGUUGAAGUUUGGUUUCAGAACAGAAGAGCAAGGACCAAGCUGAAACAGACAGAGGUUGAUUGCCAGUUCUUGAAAAAAUGCUGUGAAAAACUAACCGAUGAGAACCUAAGGUUGAAGAAGGAAUUGAAGGAGCUGCGUGCACUAAAAGUUGAACAAUCACCACUUUUCUUUCAAAUCUCAAAGACUGCAACUUUGAGCAUAUGUUCAUCGUGCGAAGAACUAUUAAAGCCCAAUGAAGGAAACAAUGCAACCAAUUCCGAUGUGGUCCGAAACAGCAGCCACAAAUUAUAGAGUAGCACAUAGUUAGAGGGUAUAAGGAACUCAUAAUUUGCUGAGGGAUAUUGGAAUGUCAAUAUCAAACAUUUUAUUGUUAAUUAAUAAGAAAAAAAAACGUACAUACCCCAAGU